AUGGACAGAAGCAGACAUUCUCGCAAGCGCCAAAAGAGUAGCAGAGACAGGCAUGACAUGAGAUCCCCCAGUCUUGAUCAUUCAUCUCAUGGAACUUCAACGUACAGAGAAGAACGUCGUCGAGCACGUAAUGCACGAUCUCAUGGAUAUGACAGAAAAUACAAGUGGUUGAUGUGGGAUCCUAACAAGAUAAUGUUUUCACAACUGAAGGUUCACCAACAAUUCAUACAUGGAAUAGUGAAGAGUGGGAGUGACACUGUCCAGUUUGCAUUUACAGCUGUAUAUGGGCUACACCCAAUAGCUAAUAGAAGUGAUUUGUGGAACAACUUGAGAGAGCUGGAAGAACAAAUGACAAUACCUUGGCUUCUCAUGGGUGAUUUCAAUGCAAUUAAGGAUAUGGAGGAUAGAAUGAAUGGUACUAAAGUACAGAUGAAUGAAAUAAAGGACUUCAGAGAAUUUAUGAUGGAAUGCCAAAUGACAGAACUAGUUACAGUGGGAAGGGGGUUUACAUGGACAAAUAACUAUGUAUAUAGUAGAAUAGAUAGAGGGAUAGUGAAUGCCAAAUGGAUGCUAGAAAUGGCACCAAUACAAGUGCAAGAAAAUGAUAGCAGAAGGAGACCAUUCAAAUUCUACAAUUGCCUAGCUGAACAUGAAGAGUUUGAAAAAGUAGUGCAGAAUGGUUGGAAAUAUAAAGGCAGUAACAUGGAAGGUAUAAUGCAGAAUCUAAAGAAGGUAAAAUAUGGCCUGAAGAAUUUAAACAGGCAGGAAUAUACAGGGAUAACAAAGAAGGUACAACAGAAGAGAGAAGAACUGGCAAAUGUGCAAGCUCAAAUGAGGCAGAAUAAUCAGAGCAGGGAUAUGUUUGAAGCAGAGAAGAAAGCUAGAAAAGAACUGAAAAAUGGAGUAUGA